AUGGGUUUCUCAAAAGCAUGCACCCUUUUGAAUCUGGUAGUUCUUGUUAUGAUUGUUGCCAUUUUGGCUGGAGAAAUUAGGGUGGAGGCCAGGGUUUUAUCUCACUCUGAGGAGUUUGCAUUUGCCAGAGCUAAUAACCUCCAAUCUUACACCUCUUCAGCCUAUGAACAAGCCAAGAAAACCAUGGCCUUUUGGAUGCAGCGUUUGGCUUCUGGACCAAGUCCUAAAGGCCCUGGUCAUUGA